GACUUUAGGCAGAGGACAGUGCUCCUGCUGCUGGGUUUGCCUGGGGUCAGUACCCAUUUACCCAGAAACUGUCACAAAAUGUUCAGCAGGCUGGUGGGGCCCAUAGAACAGAGGGAUCCCAUGAGAACCCUCAUCUCACACUUGAGGGAACUGAGGCCCUGGGGCCAGGCAUGGUCCUUUGGUAACUUAAGAGCCAGUCAGAACAUUGCCUCUCUCCAGCACCCUAGCUCCAGGGGCUUGAGGCUGAGCACUGAGAUUUGGAGUCUGCUCUGAGGUCUCGCAAAAUACUGCCUGCUGCACUCUUUCCCUGGAUAUCUCCUGCUGAAAUUGGAGAGGGACUACAGGCACUCUAGCAAGUGAACUGCCCAGUAAAGGAGUAGGUUUGGGGAAAAGGCUGCAGGUUUACCCAACAGGCAACUGGAUCUAUUGCACCCAGAACCCCCUUUGUUCUUUUCCAACCAAGGUUUGGACACAGUAAGAAUGGACAGUGUCGCUCCAACAGCUGCCUCUGGCCUAACUCAGGCCACAGCCCCAGAGUCAGUCUUACCACGGCACCCCCUGUCCCUCCCUGGACUGCUAACCCCAUCACAACGCCUAAUCUCCUCUGGACAAGAAAUAGCUGGGAGUGGAAGAGCUUGUCUUUGGAGACCCUGGAUGUCUUCUGCAAAUGAUACUCCAAGGCAGGAGAGGGAACACGUGGACUUGGCUGUUGGUGGGGCAACAGGAGCCGAGGUCACCAAGGCUGACUCCAAGUUCCAUCACCCUGUCAGGCUCUUCUGGCCUAAAUCUCGCUCAUUUGACUAUUUGUACAGUGAUGGGGAGCUCCUACUGCAGAAUUUCCCCGUCCAGGCAACCAUCAACCUGUAUGAAGACUCAGACUCAGACUCAAACAGCGAAGAGGAAGUGGAAGAAGAAGAGGAGGAGGAAGAAGAGGAGAAGAAAGGGGAGGCAGAUGGGAAGGAGCCAGAAGGGUAUGUGAGAGUACCAGGCUCAGCACCACAUAAGGCCACAGCUUACCCUUCUUUUCCGCCUUUCACCUAUCAAAACUGAGCCAACUAGAGUCUACUUAGGGUUCAGUAGGCCAGGUAGAUCUUCUGUUUUCUAGAAUAAAAGUUGAAUCUAAAAUUUACCUACUUCACCUUGGCUACACCCAACUGGGCUGUGAGCCUGGGCCUUUGGCCUCUGGUAUCUCCUUGUGCUGGAUGCUAUUAUGUGAAUAGUAGGGAGGUCCUGGGUGCUCUGGGAGAAGGAAGGCCUAUAUUCUGAAGCCCACAGGAAUAGAGCAGGGCAGACUAUGCCCAUGUAGAAAGAAUUAGCUACUCUUUAGGACAUUUUGACCCCCAUUCCCAGCUUUCCAGGUGGCCAUAGAAUCCUAUCUCUGCAUGAAAAUCCUGGGUUCCAUCAUCAUCCUUUGGGAUGCCAGACAAACAAAAGUUAGGGUUUCUGUUUGAUGGGCCUGGUAGGAAGGGAAAGGGGGGCAUCUAGAGAAUCAUCUCACUUUGGGGACCUCCCCCACUUUUCUUGCUAUCCACUGGGGAAUAUGUGUUGGCAUGAGAUGAAUCAGGGGGAAAAUAAACUAGAUGAUGUUUGCUUUU